AUGCAGGUUCGACCGAAUUCGGAAGGCCCGAUCUCGAGAAGGCUGUCACAUAUCGACGGGUUGCUCGCUGGCUUCAACGUUCUUGCGUCAGAUUGCCCUAUUGACAGGCAAAAGCAACAAUGGGAUCGUCUGGAAGCGCUCCGUGGCGAGAUGCAGCGCCAAUGGGAAGGCCUCAGAGAUGUGCCCCUGGCUGUGGAUGAUCUAGAAGGCUUCUGUGACACUGCGCUUUUUACGUAUCGGAACGCCUUGGCUGGUCUUGUGCCGACUGAUCUUUCCAAGGUUGCUGGGCUUUGCAGCCUGUCAUACGCCGUGUCACGCAUUCUUGAGCGCGAAGGAACGCCGUCAUCGGAGAAUUUCCUAGACGAUGUUCAGGUCUGCUUGCAGCCUCUGGAAAGGCAAGAGGACCGUCAGAUGAUUGAGGGUGUCAUGGCAAAGCUCUGGCCUCCGACCGUGCAAGUUGGCCAGGCCUCUCAUAUGGGAAGCGACUCGGUGGUUACUCAUCAGGACCAAGGCUGGACCUACUAUCCAAGCAGCCAAGCAUCGGUUUACCCUAAUGCCACGUCUUCUGAGCCAUGGCAGAUCCAGGGCACCUCAUGCCUGCCAUACAGUUCAACGACCUCUGGGUUUGGUGGCCUAGCGGGUGGUCUGCCUGUGUCCGCCAACUGGGCUCAAACCACUCAACGUCCUUUCGAGCAGUUCGAUGCGGCAGUUGACACUGCUGAUUAUCUGGCCCUCAGCUUACUUCCAAUGCCUACUACACCAUGGUCGGGCCCGGGCCAGGUCGGGCUCCAGGUUGGGUCCUAUGGUCAAUUAGAAGCUGCAAGCGAACCAACAGCAGUGUCUUCCUCGCCCAGCGGUCCGCAGCACGUCCAAGAUACAGGACUAUUCGAGGCCAUUGGGGCGUUUCUAGAUGUUUCUUCCAAUUUCUUGUCCCAGCUUUCUGGGAAUGGGAUAACCGCCAAGAACCUGGCCGCAUGUCUCUCCUCCAGCCAGGAACGGCUGAAGGACAAGGAACAGCUACAAUACUCGUACGUGGAGCCCUUGAUCAAAAGGCAAGAGCUCUUGCAGGCCCCAUUCUCGACUAUCCUCUCAAUUUCCAAGAAGUUUGUCGCCUACGGCUGUUUACAAAGUGUCAAAGAGGUGCAGUCCUACAUGAAGGCGGUCGCAGAGGAGCUUUUCUACGACGAUGCAGCGCAGGAAUUGUUCCUCCAAAGCAUCCAAACUCCCCCGACAGAAGCUGAACUGUCUGUACAAGAGUGUCGAUGCCUGGCGUCUGCUAAACCAGGCACUGUCAGAUGUCCAAACUGCAAAAAGAGCUUCAGCAAAAAGUCCAACAUGCACACGAAGACGCCUUUCCUAGACACCUUCACACAAUACCACUCCUUCGACCGAGGUGCCACCCGUGCAAAUGUCGGGGGUGCUCAAGCCUUGGAGCAUCUUUCUCGAGCUCUUGGAGAGAUUGAUGGCCUCUUUGCUGGCAUGAAGUAUCUUGAUGCGACGGAGCCUCUCGAUGCGACACCCCCGCCUAGUGUCGAGCCUGACGAGCUUGCCCUGGAGCUUGACGCUCUCUGCAAGGCUGCCGCAUCACGCCAGCCACGCCAGCCGCCCCAAGAAAUAGCCUGGUCGUCUGUUCGAGAUGUUCGGGAGGUCAUGCAAUGCCUUUGGCGGCACUUUGUCAAGGUGUCGCAGGGCCUAAACAUGCCAAUCAUCAACAGCCUUCGCGAGACAUACAAAGACUCCAGAGGCCUUCGCACCGCUGGCGUUUUUGCAUUUCGCAACACCUUGACAGGCCCUACCCCCAACGACCUCGAGAAAGUCUUUGCAUUCUGCAGCCUCUCAUAUGUCGUCUCGAGCCUCCUGCACGCGAGAGGCAGGCUCAAGAAGACCGAGAUCCUGGACGGCAUCCUUAUCUGGCUAAAUGCCCUCGAGACUCCACAAGAACGGGAGGCGUUUCGGGGGCUUGCGUACUGGCUUUUGCCUGAAGCCCACGACAAGAUGAACUUCAUCGACCUUCUUGACUACAUGGAGCUUGAAGGUCCACACCAACCCCAACCAUUCCAGAAAUCUCAAUUUGCGUGUCCUGGAUUUAUCCCUACAAACACAUCCACUGAAGAGAAAGCCCAGGACCAUGUUCAGAUAAUCGCGAAUGCCACAGAGGGGGAGUGGUCUUCAUUGAUGAUGAUGUCUCAUGCUUUCAACAUCCCAGACCCAGGACAAUCGCUUUACUUCGGCCACUGUUUUGACCCAGGUCAAUCGCUCGACCAAUCUGUCAACACCAGUGAUAGCCAAAAUAUCGACUACAGCCAAUCCUCCGACCCGAACUAUAACAUAUUCGAUGACCCAAUGCUAGGUGGCACAGCUGUCAUCCCAUCCAACGUCACUCAGCAGCCCGCCACCAUGUCUGAAAAGGACACCAAAGACGUCCCAUCCCGAGGUAUAGUGUCUGUUGUUGAGGCGUUUGUUGAGAUUGGGUAUUUGCAGAGCACUAGUGAAGUCAAGGACUACAUGAUCAGGAUCGCCAAGUCAUUGUUCUGCGAUGUCGUCGCGUAUAACGAGUUUGUGGAAUGGAUCCUUCCCCCGUGA